GGAUGGUUACGGAAUACUGUAGAUCCUGAAAUUAAUGCGAGUUACGGUGGGCAGACUAAAAUGCGACAUGAAAUUAAUGAGAGUGGCUUCCGUUUGAAAUAUUAUUUUCUUAACAACACACGUCUGUGUACUUUUUGAUUAAAUCCAAGUUACAGGCGUCUUCAGUGAGGUCAAAUCAAAGCAUACACAUCAGUUAACCUGUUUAGUCCCAAGUGCUUUUGGUGAUAACAAUUUGAAGCAUAUUUUUGCAGCAAUCGUUUAUGUAACGUGUAUAGUUACCUAAAUCUGGCUAAACAUUAGCAUACUUUCAACCCAAACAACUUCGAAAACACAAAUUCUGCAAUAGUAUUUAUUAUUAAACUGAUUAUAGAGCUUGUCACAAUUCCAGCUAGUCCAUGUAAAACAAUAAACUGUUAUAUAAUAAUACUUGACUUUGCACAUGUGAAUUAAACGUGAGGUCAUGUUUACUGAUGAUCAACACAGUAAUGUGUUUAUUGUUACUUUUCAGCUUGAAGAAAAUGGCUUCAAAAGGAGAAACAUCGGUUACUCGGACCAUUUGUGAAGAUUUCCUCACGUGCAACAUAUGUUUUAAUAUUUAUGAUCGUCCAAAAAUCCUCCCCUGUGUUCAGACGUAUUGCUCCCCUUGCUUGGAAAAACUAAUGAAAACAUCAACUAAACCUGUUUCAGUACUCUGCCCAGAAUGUAGAGAGCAUGUUGUUUUACCGAAGGGAACAGUGUGUGACCUAAAAGCAAAUUUGUUAAUCAAUGGUCUAAUAGAUGUUCUGAAAGCGAAAACCGACCAAGACAUCAAAUGUACAACUUGUAAUCUGAGAGAAAAGAUUUCACUUGCCAAAAGUCGCUGUCUGGAUUGUGGAGAUUACUUAUGUCCAAGUUGUUCUGGUGGACACAAUGCCUCUUCCACGACUUGGAACCACAAGGUGGUUCUCAUGGAAGAACUCAAAGGAAGAUCUUAUGACAAGGAACUCAGAAACGUUCACAGAUUAACCUGCUCAGAACACAAAGACAAAAUCGAGUAUUUCUGUGAAGUAUGCCAAAUACCAAUAUGUUUAGCUUGCAAUUUGUUUAAGCAUCGAGACCAUACAUCUGUAACUGUGUCCGAGGCAGUUGCUAUUCGGAAGAGGCGACUUGUUUCACAUGCUGGAAGAGUUAGACAAAUAUUACAGGAAUUUGAAACUGAAAACCGGGUAGCCUCUUCAAAUUUUCUCUUUGUAAAGAGAAAUAAGGAUGUAGCUUUAUCAAACAUAGAAGACACGAGGCUACAAUUGUUAGCCAAAGUACAAUACCAGAAAGGGGAUAUUUUACAUUUGCUGAACAACGUGUUAAGGUGUGAAAAGACACAAUACCAAUCCCUUGUGGAAAACAUAGGUGUCAAAAUAUCUCUAGCAACCAGCUGUAUGGAUUUUUGCUAUAAAAUUAUAGAAGACGGCAGAGACGAGGAGAUUAUGUAUCUAGAACAGACCGUUACAAAACGUCUCCAUAAACUAGCAGAGACACCGUAUUUUGUGGUAUCGUCAGACGAAACAUUGUCGGGGACAAAAUAUGAAAAAGAAUACAAAGAUAAUGAGUUUAAACUGUGCGAGAAACCAGAGGAGAUCUCACAAGAUGUGAUCACAGAGGAAUCGGAAGAAAUAUUACAAGAUGUGGUCACAGAGAAACCAGAGGACAUCUUACAAGAUGUAGUCACAGAGAAAGCAGAGGACAUCUCACAGGAUGUGGUCACAGAGAAACCAGAGGACAUCUCAUGAGAUGUGGUCACAGAGAAACCAGAGGACAUCACACACGAUGUGGUCACAGAGAAACCAGAGGACAUCGCACAAAAUGUGAUCACAGAGAAACCAGAGGAUAUGAAACAAGAUGUGGUCACAGAGAAACCAGAGGAUAUGAGACAAGAUGUGGUCACAGAGAAACCAGAGGACAUCUUACGUGAUGUGGUCACAGAGAAACUAGAGGACAUCGCACAAGAUGUGGUCACAGAGAAACCAGAGGUCAUGAGACAAGAUGUGGUCACAGAGAAACCAGAGGACAUCUUACGUGAUGUGGUCACAGAGAAGCCAGAGGACAUCUCACGAGAUGUGGUCACAGAGAAACCAGAGGACAUCUUACAAAACAAACUUAUUAGAAACAUCGGAAUGACCAGAAACACUUCAGAUUUACGAAAAUAGAUACUCUAAACAAUAAAAUGUAAAUACUGUCUGAUUUCAGCUGUUUUGUUAGUAAAAAAUACGCCGUUUAACAACUAGAGCCUGUCAAUUUAAUAAAUCAAUGUGCUCUAGUGGUGU